AACGCUUUGUGAAGAUUCGUCCAGCUUGUUAGACCAGAAAAAGCACACGAGUGUUGGAGUUUUGCUCGUGUUUCCAUGUGACACUCAGGUGUACUGUUGCCGUUUUUAAAAAUCAUAAAAUAAAAAUAAAGUGGCUAAGAAAAGCAUUGCAAUUCGCGGAAGAACAAUUUACAAAAAUAUACACUGUGAAAACAUCGGAUUAUUUAAAGCACAGAAAAACUAUUUAAAAAGCAUAGUAAACACCCGUCGCGUUUUUCACGUUUGCGAUUUUUGUGACGUCCCGUUGCCUACACAAGGCUUAAUCUGGACUACUGAUCAAAACAGUUCGCUAUUCUUUCUCUCCCCAAUGUGAAUUUGCAAAUAUGAUGAUGUCACCGAGUCGCCACUUUUUCUUCUAGCGAUAGUUAUGGCGGAGCUGAAGUUUUCCAACUUUCCUUGAUUUUUAAGGCCAGCUGCUUAUUCCAAUGGAGCACAUUCAAGGGGCCUGGAAGACCCUCAGUAAUGGGUUUGGAUUUAAGGAUUCCGUGUUUGAGGACCCCUGUCUGUCGCCUACUAUCGACCAAGGCUUUGCCUAUCAAAGGCGCUCAUCAGACGACAGCAAAAUCGCUGACUCUACCAAGACAAGCAGCACUAUCCGAGUCUACCUGCCCAACAAGCAGCGCACUGUGGUGAACGUACGGCCAGGUAUGACCCUGCACAACUGCCUCAUCAAAGCCCUCAAGGUGAGGGGGCUCCAGCCAGAGUGUUGUGCUGUCUUCAGAUUGCACCCAGGACAGAAAAACAGAAAAUCCCGUAUGGAUUGGACUACGGAUUCUACCUCACUCAUUGGGGAGGACCUGGUAGUGGAAGUUCUAGAUCAUGUACCCUUGACUACGCACAAUUUUGUUCGGAAAACGUUUCUGAAGUUAGCCUUUUGCGAUAUAUGUCAGAAGUUUCUCCUGAAUGGUUUCCGUUGCCAAACAUGUGGCUACAAAUUCCAUGAGCAUUGCAGCACCAAAGUCCCCACUAUGUGUGUGGACUGGAGCAACAUCAGACAACUUCUGCUGUUCCCCACUCCGGGUGAAAGUGGGGGUCCAUCUCUCCCCCCCUUGACCUCCCGGCGCAUGCGUGACUCCCUAUCCCGUUUCCCUGUCAGCUCGGCACACAGACAUUCUACCCCUCAUGCCUUCAACUACACUGCACCCUACCCACCUUCAGGGGGUGCACUCUCUCAUAGGCAGAGGUCAACGUCCACACCAAAUGUCCACAUGGUCAGCACCACCAUGCCUGUUGACAACAGUGUUAUAGAGCUAGAUUGCCUGAAUGCUUCUCCUAGCUCCUGGUGCCGUCGGUUUUGCCUGAAGAGAAGAGAUGCCAUGAGAUGUCAUGAUUCAGCAGGAAGCCCACCAAAUCAGAGCCCCACAGGCUGGUCCCAGUCCAAAACACCAGCACCUACGCAUAGAGAGAGGGCACCUUCCUCCAACACGCAGGAGAAGAACAGAAUUCGGCCAAGGGAUAAGAGAGACUCUAGCUACUACUGGGAGAUUGAAGCCAGCGAGGUGAUGCUGCUCUCACGGAUUGGCUCCGGCUCCUUUGGGACGGUAUACAAAGGGAAAUGGCACGGUGAUGUAGCAGUGAAGAUAUUAAAGGUCACGGAUCCUACGCCAGAACAGUUCCAGGCCUUCCGCAACGAGGUGGCAGUUCUGAGGAAAACCAGACAUGUCAACAUCCUGUUGUUCAUGGGUUACAUGACAAAGGACAACCUUGCCAUUGUGACGCAGUGGUGUGAUGGCAGCAGCCUCUACAAGCACCUGCAUGUCCAGGAGACCAACCUGCAGAUGUUCCAGCUCAUCGAUAUUGCUAGGCAGACCGCUCAGGGCAUGGAUUAUUUACAUGCAAAGAAUAUCAUCCACCGGGAUAUGAAAUCAAACAAUAUCUUCCUGCAUGAAGGUUUGACGGUAAAGAUUGGGGACUUUGGUCUGGCAACAGUGAAAGCCCGCUGGAGCGGUUCCCACCAGGUGGAGCAGCCCUCUGGAUCCAUACUGUGGAUGGCCCCGGAAGUUAUACGGAUGCAGGACAAUAACCCAUACAGCUUCCAGUCGGACGUGUACUCCUACGGCAUUGUGCUCUAUGAGCUCAUGACAGGGGAGCUUCCCUACUCAAUGAUAGCCAACCGAGACCAGAUCAUCUUCAUGGUCGGCAGGGGAUACCUGUCUCCAGACCUGAGCAAGCUGUACAAGAGCUGCCCCAAAGCCAUGAAGAGGCUGGUCGCUGACUGCAUCAAGAAGUCCAAAGAUGAGAGGCCUCUGUUCCCUCAGAUACUGUCAUCCAUAGAGCUUCUGCAGCACUCGCUUCCCAAAAUCAACCGCAGCGCCUCCGAGCCAUCCCUGCACCGAGCCUCGCACACUGAGGACAUUAACUCCUGCACUUUGACCUCCACGAAGCUGCCUGUGUUCUAGCACAACCCUUCAGCCUCCGAGCCAAGCCAAAUUCCUCAUGAGGAGAAAACAUGCUUGACAAACAGAAGAACAGUGCAAUUCAGUAAAUGCAUUCAUAUGUAACCAAAACCCAUGGCCAGCAGCACGGCACCGAUGAGAAGACCGGAACAGAGGCCACUCUCCACUUGUGCUGUAUGAAGUCUAGCGCUUUGUCUUCCCUGAUGUCCUGUAUACUAGUCUCAAGUGGAAAGGAUACUUUGCAGUCUGCACACACCCGAUACUUUCAGUUACAGAAUAAAGACGAUUUUCGCAUCUUCGAGGAAUGAGUGAAGCUCAUUUCAGAACCUCCAAGAUGUCCAACUUCCUCAUCCUCCUUUUGUUCCUGUAAGCAAGACAAUUCUCUACAACCCUGUCCAUUUCUGUCAUGUCCAAAAUACACCUUUCUGAUUAGCAACUUUCAUCUAGGUCUUGGCCAUAUUUUAAUUGGAGUUGUACUGAUGCUAAACAAUACCAAAAUCACAUUCAAAUUGGUGUUUUCCCGAGAGGAAUUAUUUUGGAAGUGCAACACAUUUCAUAAUUUGAAAUGUGCAAGUAUAGACAUCUGCAUAGUGUGGGCAUAGAUGUAAUUGAGAAAAUAUAUUAUGUCUUGUGUACACACAGUCAUGAACAAUGGAUCUGUCUCCCCUUUCCCAUCCAGGAUGUUGGUUCAUGGUUUGCUUUUUAGGGUUGUUAAAGGUAAUUAUCAAGCUGUCUUUCUUGGGCUGUACUAUCAUGGGAAAAUGUGAGUGCAGAGAAUGACUGCUCUCUGUAGUGUCUUUCAGUGAUUUUGGGGUUUUCAUUUGUUUUUGGUCUU